AUGGCUUCGUGCGCUUUUGUUUUGUGUCCAAAUAACAGUCGAAAUAAUAAGAAAAACUCCACUGGAAUAUCUUUUCAUGGAUUUCCUAAAGAUGUUGAAAGGAGAAAUGGCUGGAUACAGUUUGUAAAUAGUGUGGGAACUAGGAACCAUCAAAACAUAGCAAAUUGUGUUCCAAACAUUUUUCGGAGGACUGUAUAG